CACAAUCCAAAGGACGACGAGGGAGAGGGAGCGAAAAAGCCAGAGCAAGAGCAAGAGACGAACGAUCAAGAGUCAAGGGAGCGAAGGACCGAUGGCCGACCCCAGCUAUUGGGAUUGGAUGGACAUCGAAGACCUCGUCCUGCCCGUCGUCAUCUUUGCCAGCGUCACCGUGGCCCCGUGGCUCGUCGUAUUCAUUUUCUUGUACAUCAAGCAAUGGUGGCGCGUCUUCAGGCUCGGCGGCGUCACCACCCUGAGGCGGAACCUGAGCCGAAACUGCGUCCUGUGCCAACAAAGCCUGGAGGCCGGUGAGAAGGUCCGCACGCUCUCCUGCAACCACGAGUUCCACUACGGCCGCAGCGUCAAGUGCGAGGGCAUCGACCACUGGCUUCUUAUGAGGGAACCGAUUAAUUACUGCCCGCAGUGUCGCAAGUUUCCCCGUUCCGUGCAGCCGUGGAAUACCUUGUUGGGAGGGGCACCGUCGUCAGCACCUUCGCAGGAAGCAUCGGCGGCAGCGCAACAACAGUUGCCGCGGACGUCGUCGACGCGGGAUUUGGAGGACCCGCUUCUUCCGGGGCACGGCGAGACACGGACGUCGACGACGCUUCCGGUGGACGACGAGAUAGUAGAGGAGGCGCCUUCAUCGCAGUCGACACGCGCUGCCGUGGAAACGGACAGCGCCACCGUCGCCACCACCUUCACAAAAAGCAUCGGCGGCAGCGCAACAACAGUUGCCGCGGAAGUCGUCGUCGACGCGGGAUUUGGAGGACCCACUGCUUCCGAGGCACGGCGAGAAACGGACGCCGAGGCCGCUUCAGUUCCGGUGGACAGCGAGAUAGUAGAGGAGGCGCCUUCAUCGCAGUCGACACGCGCGUGAUCAAGCUUGGAUAGGACGCUGUUGACACGUCCUGUGGGCCGGUCUGGAACUGGAUCAGUUCUCGCAGAGGUUCUUCAAGGAUUCUUUCGUCAUUUCUUUUUCUGCAUUCUUUGGAACUGAUCGAGGGUAGUGCGUCUUUCUGAUGAUCGGUGUUCAGCUUUUGCUUGCUUCGAACUCAUCAAGCUUAGUUGCGUUCCUGUUCUUUUGUUCAGACUUCAGAUUUGAGUCCACCUUAACGAACCAAAAUGUCUGAAUGCCAAGAAACGAUGACUUGUUAGUUCUUGGAUCAGCUAUAAUACUCUGUUCAAUUCUCAGUAUGAACUGUUGGCAGUAUGGUUUGCUAAUUUCUUGCAGUAGUACUUGACGUCAGUUGCUUCAUCUGCUUUCUCGAGAGCCAAAACCCUGUGGGUUUUGUUGGUCUGUGCAUUCUUCGAACUGAUCGAGAGUAGUCUAGUGGUGGGUGGUGUUGAUCUCAAGAAACGAUGACUUGUUAGUUCUUGGAUCAGUUACAAUGUUCUGACUAAAGCAAAUAGAUCGUUGAUU